AUGCUGAUACAAGAAUUACCUUUGUAUCAUAACUAAUAUAAAAGAGGCAAAGGAGUGAUAUAUGAAACAAUUUAUUCCAACCAUCAAAUGCAAUGUUAAUUAACAGAGAAAGAGUGCUUUUGUCAGAGAUUCAAUCAAGGCACUUAUAUCAAGUAACAAAAUGAGCAAGAUGAAGAAGACAGACAUAACUUUUUGAUUGGAUACAUGCAUGAUAUUAUUUAAGAUUAUUAUUAAAAAAAUAACACCAAAAGCAUUCGAGUAGGCUUUUAAUAUAUUUACUUUACUUUAUUUAUUCUCAAGGAUCCUUUAGAGUGUCUUAAAGCCUACUUUUCAAUUAAAAAUAGUGCUUUUCAAUUGAAGUAAUAAAGUAUAAAAUAUUAAUCUAUUAUUUAUGAAAUUGAGCUGAGUAUCUCACAAAUAUUUAAUGAGCAAUUUAUGAGACAAUACUCUUCUAAUCACCACCUAGAAAUGAUAGAAGUCAUAUAAUUUGAGUAGAAAAAAAAUUAAUUUGAGGAUGACAUAAUUAGGUGCAUAAAAUCUAUGGUCAAUUUUUAUGAUUACCUUCAAAACCACUAAUUAAGUUUUAAAGAGCUUGAAUAAAUUUCUUAAAAUCUCUUGUAAUAAAAGAAUAACAUCAAAGACAACUUCAAAUUUCUCUCUAAAUUCGCUGAAUACAAUGAAGGCAUAAACAUACUUGGAUAAAUCUACCUUGAAGCCUUUGAUUAAAAUUGUUAAAACAUUACUUAAUUUUUCUAAGAGCAACAGCGCUAGACAAGAAAAUACGCUUUGAUCUAAAAUAAAAAUACUGAAUAAAUUAAUCCAAAAGAUGGCGUUAUUUAUUGCUAGUUUACUGGCAACAGUUAUAAAAUAAAAAGUUGCUCAGAAUAAAUUAUUAACAUUAUUUAGCACUCACGCACUAGUUUAAAUGAUUAUAACUUAGAAGUAGUUUUUCCAACUGAAAAAUAUUUACUCAAAUCAUUUUAAUUGGAUCCACAAAAUAGACAUUACCUUUUAAACUAAAGAGACAGAUUUGGAUUUGGGAUGAAUGAGCAAAAUUUUAUAGUACCAGUUAAGCUAACGACUAAAAUUCAAUAAAUGAGUGACGAAAUAGGGAUUUGUGUGCUUGUGAAGUAAUUAUAUUUACCUUUUGGCUUGAUCCUUCUGUAGAAUGAUGGAAGAAUUUUAGGAUUGAAUAGAUCACUUUAUUACCAUCUAAAUUUUGUGGAGACAUCAGAUUUAAUCGGAAAAAAUAUUGAAGAGUUUAUUCCAAUUUUGAAAUAUACAAGAAUUCAGACAGAUUUAAAUAAUUGCACUCAGCAAUCGAUAUUUUACAUAAUUGGUAAGAAGGAUUAAACGUAAUUGCUAUCGAAUACUUCAAUAAACUAAUUUAAUAUAAACUCGCAUGUCUUUUUUGAUAUAACUUUUAGGGUGAUAACCAUUUAGCUAGAUAAUAAGCCUCUCUAUUAAUAUAUAGAAAUAUCAGACUUUAGAGAGUUAGAUAGUCAUUAAGAAAUUCAACAUAGGCUCCAAAUCUAUGAUAACUAAAUAAAUAUCAUAAAAAACUCUCAAUAAAAUAUUUAAACAGCAAUUAAUAGCUUUGUCUUUGAGCAAGAAGAAAGCUUAAGUUCAGAUAACAAAGAAGAUAAAAUUCAAAAAUAAAGCUAGCUGAUAGAUUCAAAAAGAGUAGUAUCAAAAAUAAAUGCAAACAUGAAAACUUCUAUCUUUGAAAAUGCAUCAUCAAAAAUUCAAUCUUAACAAACUAUCAAAAUUAAUGAAAGGAGACAGACUGUUGGAUUUUAAUAAAAAUUUAAUACUAAUUUAAAUAGCAUCUAAUUAAUGAGCAGUAGAAGAGAAAUAAAUAUUCCAACUUAAAUUGGAAGAUAAGAUAUUUUGUCAGGAGAAGAUUUAUGUAAUGUUAUGUCAACGAGAGAUUUUAAAUCUGCGAGAGUAGACACAUAAUAAGAAAUCGCAUUAUAUCUUACACCUUCUAGCUAGGUUGGAAAGAAAAAGGUAGAGUUUGCUGAAGAUUAGAAUAUGAAUAGUCCUAUCAAAGCUGUAGAGGAAAUAGCGCUAGUUUCUAAUAUAGGAUCAUCGCUUUUUAGUAGAACUUCAACUUAUAAAAUUAUUUUAUCAAGAAAAAUUAAAUCUAAAAGCAUGGCUUGCAAUUUAUCUUACUUUUUUAUGAUUGGUUUUAUUUCUCUUACUUUGCUUCUCUUAGUAAAUUAUAUUGUUUACCAUAUAAACAUGAACGGUAUCGAUGAUUUCUCUAGUUCUUAUGAGAAAGUUUCUAAUCCUGUGAUUAUGUACAUGAAAACUUUAGACACAAUGAGAUCAAUUUCUUAUUAUUAUUUAAUGAAAGAAAAUGCUCCUUCAAUCAAUAGACAAAAUGAACUUAAAGAAAUGAAUGUAACUAGAAUAGACUAGUAAAAUAUAUUCAUUGAUUACAAAUAAGCAUAUGUCGACCUUUUAAUUAACAAUCCAAAUAUUAAUCUCAUAACAAUGCUGCAAAGUUUGACUGUCAACAUUACAGAUAUUUAGAAUACACCUGAUGAUAAUGGAAAUUCAUAUAAUAUUAUUAUUGAUUUAUUUUAAGCUCUGACUUAAUAUUAUAUGUCAUCGCUGUUUAUUAUAAUGAAGGUAGAUCCUUUCAGAGAAAACUUCUUGUGGUACAGUAUUUUAAAUUUCAAGCAAAGCAUCAUAACAUUCCAAAAUGAAGUAUAAGACAAUAUGAAUAGUGUGCUAAGCUAAAGCUAAAGCGAUAAUAAUGUUUCAUUCAUAAUUAUACUUUCUUCAAGUAUAUCGUUGAUAUUUAUUCUAGCAUCUGUGGUCUUAGUUUAGCAAAUCUAAAAGAAAAGAUUGCUCUCUCUUCUUGGAUGCUUUUAACCAUCGGAGCUCCAGCAAAAGGUAGGAAAGUUAUAAAAUCUAAUACAAGAAUAUAAAGAACAGAACUGCUAAACUUGUAUUUUUAAUAGCACUAAUAACAAAGCUAAUAAAAAUCAAAUUAAUCAAAGUUAGGCUCUUUCUAAAUCAUUUGCAUCUCCUAGAAGCGAUUAGCAAACGAGUAAUAAACUGUUUGAAAGCUCCAACUUACAAAAAAGAAAAAGACUUUAGGCUUCUUUUGAUGAUUUUAAAUUUUUUACAUUGAAAGAUUUAUUUUUAGGUAUAUUAAUACUGGUUUUUCUCAAUAUUCAGCCUUUGCUGAGCAUAAUUUUAUUUGGUCCUUACAUUAAAGAUCAAUAGUGGCUUAUUUCAUAAUAAAUAGACAUUUAUGCCAUAGCUAGGACAAUAAUUUAAGAAGCAGCUCCCCAAGUACUCAAUCUUGAAUGGUUUUGGAGAAAAUAAGAUCCAACAUAAGGUGUUUUUCUUGAUUUGAUAAAUAGUCAAGCUACUGAAAAUUUGCAAAAUCUGUAAAUAGUAGAAUAGCUAGCUUAGUAAGAUUUCGUACCAAAUUAUAAUGAAAUCGAAUAUGAAAAUUUCUAUAAAUAAAUGUUGACUGGUAAUAUGUGUUAAACAAGUUCAGAAUAUCCUCAGUAUUUUAAGACAAAUUUUACUCUAAACGACUGCAAUAAUUUGUAUUAAGGAAUUUUGCAAAAGGGAUUUUUAAUCACUGUAAAAAAGGCCUUCUAGGAGUUGGAAUCUUUGAUGGAUUUUUAUAACCACUACCCGAUAACUCCAGAUGGUCUUAAAUAAUCUCAAGAUUAUUAUAAAAAAAAUCUCAUCAAUGGAAAUUCUUUAACUGACUUAAACAAUCUAUUAAAAUUUAUAAACUAAUCUGUUGAUUCAUUUAGAAGAUACUUCAUUCAUACUUCCUCUUCAUAUUGCCAGAAAAUAUAAAGCAUAUUUUUCUUUUUGUUCAUACUUCAAAUAGUAUUAGUCACUUCUUUGAUAAUGGGAGUAUGGAUUCUAGUACAAAAAAAACUAAUUUCAGAUAUUGAGUAAAUAAAAAGUUAUUUCUCUUUAUUUAACAUUAGUUUAUUGUCAACAAACUCUACAUUAAAUAAAUACUUUACUAACGAUGUCAAUUGA